AUGGCAGUACAACAUACAGGCAGAACCAAACCUAGCUCACUGACUGUCGCGUUCUUUAACGCAAACGGCAUCAGAGAUCAAAAGGAAGAAAUCGUGUACUUUUUACGCGAUCAUGAUGUCGACAUCAUGCUAGUGCAGGAGACCUUCUUGAAACCUAGCGUGCGCGAUCCCAAAAUAGCUAAUUAUACCUUAGUAAGAAAUGAUAGGCUGACCGGACCUAAAGGCGGCACCUUGAUCUACUACAAAAGGUCCUUGCACUGUAUACCGUUAGACACUCCACCGCUUGCUAACUUAGAAGCAUCGGUAUGUAGAAUAGCACUUACGGGCCAUCCGCCCGUCAUAAUUGCCUCGGCAUAUCAGCCACCGCAAAAACCCUUAUUAGAAGCCGACAUCUCGGCACUACUAAAUCUAGGCCCCAGCGUAGUAAUCGCGGGUGACCUAAACACUAUUUUAAAAGACAUCCGGCUUAACAUUAACUCGAUCGAAACUUUCAUCGAACUAUGCUCGGACCAUAGGCCGAUCGUAUUAGAACUGGGCCGGUCGGCUGGUGAGGUCCCUCAGACCAAAACCAUCGUCGACUGGCGUAAGCUCAAGGUCAAACUUGAGUCUACGAACUCCCAGCAUUUAGACUCAAUACCGGACAAGAUAGACUCGCCGGAGGAAGCCAAUAGGGCGAUUAGCGCCCUAUCGACUCACCUCACAUCAGCGGUCGAAGAGUGGUCCCGUAAGGUUCGUGUGUCGAGCGAUCGGUACACAAAGCUUCCGGCAGACGUUCGACGGCUGAUUAGAGCGAAAAACUCCGCCACCGUUAUCGCACGGCAGAUAACAAAAUCCGGCUACGUUCUCUGCAAAACGAGAUUAAACAACGCGUUGUAG